AUGCCGUCUCCUCUCAUGUCAUCAAUCAGGCGCAUCACCACACACUGCCAACACACCAGGAUGAUGAAGUGGCUACAUUGGUGCUACUUGGUAGACUCUCCUGAGGGAAGUGGUAGACUCUCCUGGUGGGAGGUGGUAGACUCUCCUGGUUGCUCACUUCCUGGGGAGAUAAAGGCAGACACAAGGGUUAGGCGCGGGUUCGCUGGCGGUCAUGGCGGCGGUUAUGGUGGCGGCUACGGUGGCGGCCACGGAGGUGGCGGCAGCUACCUGGUGGUCGGUGGUGGAGGUGGCGGCGGCCACGGCCCCAGUGCCGCUGAUGUUGCUAACGAAGCUGCCAAUCAGGCUACUGCUGCUGCCGCAGGUUUAGGCGGUGCCGCCCACGCCGCAGCUGCAGGAGCUGCAGCAGGUGCCGCAGCUGCCGCUAAUGCUGCUUCACAAACAGCUCAGGCCGCGGCAGCCAGCAAGCAGGCCCAGGCCGCUCAGGUGACGCAAGCGGCACAAGGAGCGCAGGCCGCAGCCUUCGCUGAAGGUUCUCUCGCCUCCAAGGCAAACAUAGCCUACCAAGCCGCCAAGGUAACAGCUUCUAUGGCCCAAGGUCUGGCCGCCAACAUUGCCCAGAUCCUUUCAGAAGCCAAGGCUCUGGCCAACCAGGCAGCCAACAGCCUGGCCGAACAGCAGAACUUCCUGGCCGCCCAGAGGACCAUGGCCUGGCAGGCUCAGCAGGCAGCUAACUCCCUCAACCAACAGCAAUACGUGGCACUCAACGACUUGGAAGACUCUGCAGGUGCGGCUGCCCAGGCUCAGGCUUCAGCAACCAAGGCCAUCUCCAGGGCCAAGGGCAGCAGCGGCUACGGCUACGGCCGCUAGAAGUGUACAUGAUGGAGCGGAUGUAGGUACUGAUAAUGGUGAUAUGAAU